AUGUCGCAGGGAGCCGGGCUCAUCCGCACCACGUGCAGCAGCAGCAGCAGCAGCAAUGCACUCGGACCCGGGGCCGGCGCAGGGCAGUCCAACACCAAUCCCGAGGGACUGCUGGACCGCAACUACCCCCGCAGCGUCACGGCCCUGCUGAAAGGGGCGCAGAUGGUCACGCUCCUGAUUGCCUUCACCUGUGUGAGGAGCUCUCUGAAGAAGGACUACAGUGCCUACAGCUACUUUGAAGUGGUCACCAUUUGCGACUUGAUAAUGAUCCUCGUCUUUUACCUGGUUCAUCUCUUUCGCCUCUACCACGUGCUCACCUGCAUCAGCUGGCCCAUGUCGGAACUCCUGCAUUAUUUAAUUGGCACACUGCUCCUCCUGAUCGCCUCCAUCAUUGCAGCCUCCAAGAGCUACAACCAGAGUGGACUCGUGGCCGGAGCGGUAUUUGGUUUCAUGGCUACCGCCCUGUGCAUGGCAAGCAUAUGGUUGUCCUACAAGAUCUCAUGUGUCACCCAGUCAGCAGGCACGCACCGCAAGAGGUUCUGCUGGGGACUAGCAGGAUGCGAGACCCAGCAGACAGGAGACCAGAGGAAGGGCUUCUGA